AAUUUUCAAAAAAUUUUAAGAUUUUAAGUGUAAUUAAAUAAAUUUUAUAUACAAAUAUAUUAUUUAUUCUAUAUUAAAAUAAGUAUUUCGUAUGUGGCGCUCAUGUUCUGCAGAUAGAAGAGGUUCAUUAAAAAUGUCACGAAGACGAGCAGCAGAUCAUGAUCAUAUUAAUUACACAAAAUUAUCAACAUCUGACAAUGAAUUCGUCGAUGCGCAGUUUGUGCCUGCACCACAAAAAGUUCCAUGGAAAGCAAUAAUAUUGGCUGGAUUAUUAUUUUUUGGCGGUUCCACUUUGUUAAUUGUUGGUAGUUUAAUUGUGAGCGGUCACAUUGAUGUGAAAUAUUCGGAUAGACUGUGGCCAAUGAUUGUUUUAGGUGUUCUUAUGUUCAUUCCAGGUGCAUAUCAUGUACGCAUUGCGUAUUAUGCGUAUAAAAAAUUUCCAGGAUACUCUUUUGAUGAUAUACCCGAAUUAGAUUAGCCAAAUUUUAAAAAAAUUAUUUAGUCUGUAAUAAUAUAUUUUUAAAUCG